ACGAGGACGCUUUUUUGCUUUUCGUCUCUCUCUUCACUUCCUCUCACCUCUCUCUGUUUACACGAUUCUUCUUCUAUGUCUUCUUUCUCCGUUGUCAAUUACUUCUCUACACUUCAUUUUCUUUUAAGAGGAAUUACGAUUUGGGUUUCGAUUUCCGGCGAAUCACUGAAAGUGAUGACAGUAUAAUGUCUUAUGCUUAUCAUCAUCACCGUCGGAGGCAUUCCUCUUCACGUCUAUGGAUUUUAAUGCCGGAGUUCCUAUGUCCUCUCUUUCACCUCUGAUGAAUCAAGGUCCUGAUCAGAUGCAAUGUGGCAAAUGAAUUUGAGUUCAGACGAAACAAUGGAAACUGGUUCUUACCCAGAACGACCAGGAGAGCCGAAUUGUUCUUAUUUCAUAAGAACUGGACUUUGUAGAUUUGGUUCAACUUGUCGGUUCAAUCAUCCUCGUGAUCGGGAACUGGUUAUAGCCACUGCAAGGAUGAGAGGAGAAUACCCUGAAAGGAUUGGUCAGCCUGAAUGCGAGUACUACCUUAAGACAGGAACCUGCAAGUUUGGAGUAUCGUGUAAGUUUCAUCAUCCUAGGAACAAAGCUGGGAUUGCUGGAAGAGUCUCUCUCAAUAUGUUAGGCUAUCCUCUACGCUCGAAUGAGGUUGAUUGUGCUUAUUUUCUGAGAACUGGGCACUGUAAAUUUGGUGGGACUUGUAAAUUCAACCACCCUCAGCCUCAACCAACAACCAACAUGAUGGUUCCUGCUUCAGGCCAACAGUCUUAUCCUUGGUCAAGAGCUUCUUUUAUUGCCAACCCUCGAUGGCAAGAUCCGUCUAGCUUCACCCCCUUGAUUAUGCCUCAAGGAGUUGUCCCGGUUCAAGGAUGGAACCCUUACAGUGGUCAGCUCGGCUCAGUUUCUCCUUCAGGUACCGGAAAUGAUCACAACUACAGAAACUUGCAGCAGAACGAGACCAUAGAGUCAGGGUCUCAGUCUCAAGGGUCAUUCUCGGGUUUCAAUUCGGGAUCCUCUGUUCCACUAAGAGGGUUCUAUGCAUUGCCGAGGGAAAAUGUUUUCCCGGAAAGACCCGGACAACCCGAAUGCCAAUUCUACAUGAAGACAGGUGACUGCAAAUUUGGCACAGUUUGCAAGUUUCAUCAUCCUAGAGACAGACAAGUUCCUCCUCCUGAUUGCCUCUUAAGUCCCAUUGGCCUCCCUUUACGCCCGGGAGAACCGUUGUGUGUGUUCUACACUCGGUAUGGAAUCUGCAAAUUUGGUCCAAGCUGUAAAUUUGAUCACCCAAUGCGAGUAUUCACAUACGAAAACACAGCUUCGGAGACAGAUGAGGUUGUUGAAACAUCAAGUGGGAAUCCCACAAGACAAGCAGCGACUACCUCUGGUAAAGACACAACCAUUGAUACACAGCAAUGAAGAAACAAAAGAAGAAAGGGCUUUAAAAAAAAAAAAGCUUUGAUUUUUCAAAGAGGAAUCUGUAAAUUCUCAUUUUAAUUUUAAUCUCAAGCUUUUUAUUAUUAAUAAUGUAUAGAGGUGAUUAUACAAACUGAUAUUGAUCUGAUCUGGUCGCCAUUGUUGUAAUAUUAUUUUGGCGAAUCAGGUGAAUAAAUGAUGAUCAAGUAAUUUCCUCAAAUUUGACUUUGGAGGAAAUAAGGUAACAUUGUUUUAUA